AUACCAUAACUGUAGCAAAACAAACUUGGCUGCGAAAAUUAUAAAAUAAAUUUAUGUGCGAUUUAGUCAUGUGACAUUCUUGAAGAGUAGUGAUGUCAACAUUUGACAGACUUAGAAGGGGUGUUGUAAACCCAAAUCAGUCAUCGUCCCAAGAUGGCACUGUGGCGUCUGAAGGUGAUUCUCGUGAGAAUUCAACAUCACAGUCCCUGCUUUCAGCUGCACCGCAGAUCUCCAAAAUCCUUCAGGACGUUGUAGAUGUUUCAUGUUUAGACUGUGUAGAGCAGCUGAAGUCAGGCUUUGAAGAUGACGGGGCUCCAAUUGAUGACAAUAACCAGAAACUUCACAGAUUCUGUGCUAAACUGGAGUUUCUGCUACAAGCAGAUAUGAAAGAGAAGAAGUCUUUGACAGGAAGAAAAAAAGAUUAUUGGGAUUACUUGUGUGACUGUCUCGCAUCUGUCAAAGGCAUAAAUGAUGGAAUAAAAUAUGUGAAAACUAUGAGUGAUUGCAAGACCUCAUUAGGAAAAGGUCGCGCCUUUCUGCGUUUCUGUCUGAUGCAUCAUCGUUUGGCUGACAGUCUGCAGGCUUGCUGUACCAAUGGCAAAGCAACCAGCAAUUGGUACCAGGCCAAGUCCAUAUGGUUGCAGCACGAGAGGAGCAGUCUUGUUAUCAGUACCUUGUACGACCUCAAUGACCUCGAGUUUGACCUUGCACCACGAGGCUAUGACCUUGACAACUCCUGGCCCUCCUUUGCAAGUCUGAUGUAUUGUGUGAGAAAGACAAAUGAUGGCCUCCACAACUGGGCACUGUCAGAGAGGGCUCGAACCAUGAGCAUCUCCAGUCUAAACAGCGUGGACUCUUCCACUCGAGGCCCAUUCUCAUCGACUCCCAACGACGCAAGCAGCCUAAUGGAACAUCAACACCUGGAGGAGGACCUUGUCUCCACGGAGAAUGCCCGCACUGACCUUGAAGAUAGGCUGGAGGCUCUAGAACAGCAGAAACAUGUCUUCCAGCAAUCGGUAGCCGAGUCUCGAGGCCAGGUAACAGCCCUCGAGUCCCAGCUAGCAAACGUCCAGCAAGAGUUGCGGGACCUACGACAAACACACCAUGACCUUGAGAAAAAGUAUGACAAGAUUGUGCUAGAGAAUGAAAUGAGGAUAAAUGAGCUCCAGACUAAUGCAGCAUCUCUGGGCACCAGUCUAGAGGAAGUGAAAAAAGAGCGAGAGGCCCUGCAGGAGAAACUAGGUCAGCUCAGCAAGGACCUGCUGUUGGCACAGGAGCACCUGCUGAUUACCACCAAUGAGAGGGACACACUUCAGAGUGAGGUUGAAAGUCUAAGGCAGGAGACAGACUCAUUCAGUGUGCUGAAGAAGGAAUCUGUUCCAAUUGUGGAGAUGGAGAGAGUACAGACGGAAAACUCACAACUGAAACAAUCACUCAAUGCGGUGACCCAGGAACUGUCAGAGAGAGGCCAACAAUUUCAGGAGGUACAAGCAGAGUUAAGGGAGCAAGGUAGCCAUGUGGCAACCUUGGAGAGGAAACUGUCUGCCCUCACCACGGGAUACCAGUGGCUCAAUACUCUAAAAACUGGUGCAGAGUUUUCUGAGAUCCCAGAUCUGGAUUCUACUUCCACAUUGAUCCUGAAAGAUGUAUCUCAUCUUGUGGCAAACAUGCGAGAGAAACUUGAAAACAGCAUGUCUGAUAAAGAACAGUUGAGUUCUGAAGUGAAAUCAUUGACAGCUUGUAACUUUGAGCUACAACAGAAAGCCAUGACUGCUAAAGAAAAAGUUAACACUGUUGAAACUUUCAUCAGCAAAUUACAAUCAAAUGAGGAAGAAAUGAAACAUAAAAUUUUGAGUUUGGAAGAAGCUUUAAAUGACAAAAAUACAGAACUUAGGAGAUUAAGUGAUAUAGAAAAUUCUAAUGACCGAACAGUGUCUGCCUUAAAAACAGUGGUUUCCAAUUUAGAAGAAGAAAAUAACCAGUUACAGAAAGGAAAAAAAUCAAUUGAAAAAGAGGCUGAGUCAUUAAGUAAACAGGUGCAAGAAACAAGUGAAAUGUUACAAGAAUAUAGAAAGGACCUCAAGAUUAAAGACGGCGUUCACCUGGAAAUGAGGUCACAAAUAGAACUGUAUAAAGAACAAAUGAAGACAUUUCAAAAUGAGAUGCAAACAAUCUUACAGAAAGGAGCAAAGUUGGAAAGAGAAAAUGACGAGCUUAAACAGAAUUGUGAGCAGAUGAAAUUGACCAUUCAGACACAGGAGCAAGCAUUUAUUGAAGCUGAAAUAAAAAUUAACAAACAAAAUGAGAAUGAAAAAUCAGUUUAUGACAAAUUAAAAAAUGAGUUAGGUAAAACCAAUGAGCUCGAAAAAGAGUUACAAGCUUUAAAUGAUAAGCAUAGAAGUGUGAUCAACGAAAACGAAAAGUUGAAUGAACAGUUGCAAGAAAGGGACAAAUUAAGACAAUCGCUUGAAGACAAAGUAGAAAGCACUGAAAACAAUCUCAAACAACAAGUAAAAAAAUUUGAACAGGAAAAUAAAGACAUUACUGAACAACUUCAGAAUUCAAGAAAUCAAAUUUUACAUUUGCAAAGAGAUAUGUCAGUCCUAGAAGAUAAAUUUUCUCGAAGUGAAACUAAUUUAUCUCAUGUUUUGGAAAUCGAACAAAAACUAACUGAGAAACUUGAAAAAUCUGAUAAAGAAGUGAGCUCUAAAGCUCUGCUAAUAGUUUCAAUGGAGAAAGAUAUGGAAAUAAGGUCAAAAGAUAUUGUAAAUUUGAGUGAUGAACUGCAUAAAAUGAAAGCAGAGACAAAACAUUUUCAAGAUCAGUUUUAUGAAAAGCAGAGUGAAGUGUUACUUUUGAAAGAGAAAUUAGAAAGAAGUAAAGAUGAAAACAUAAGAGCUAAAGAAUUCUAUGAGUCAGCAGCAAAAACUGAAUCAAAUCUCUCAGAGAGAUUUAAAUCUCUGGAAAAUGUGCUUAGUGACAAGGACAACAGGAUAUUAGAGUUGACUGAAAAAGAGAAGGCUCUAACAGUAGAAAACAGCAAAAUACAAAGAGAUAAAGAUGAUUUAGCAAAGAAUUUGCAAAAAUUGGAGAAUGAUAUGGACUACUUAAAGAAAGGAUUUAAUGAAAAGGAGUCACAGAUAGACAAGUUUAAAAGUCUUAUUUCAGACACAAACAUUGAAAAAGACGUGCUGUUGAAGAAAAUUGGGGAUUACGAAGAAAUGCUGAAGAAAAAGAAAGAAGAUGUAGACAAUUUAGAAGAAACACUUAAAGAGAGUUAUGAAAAUGAAAAUAAACUGCAAGAAACAUUAACUCAUGUUCAUGGAAGAUUAAGCUCAGCUGAAAAAGAAAACAGAGAACUUGAACAAACGAUUUUUGAAUUAGAACAAAAACAAGGUAGUUUAAAUGGAACUUUAGAUUCUAUGAAGGCACAAUUUGAUGAUGCUGUGAAAGAGAAAGAAGAACUGGAAGAAAAAGUUUCCUGUUUAGAAAAAGAUGUUUCAGAACAUAAAAAUAAAAUUGUUAUUUUGAAUGACAAAUGUGAGAUGAGUUUAAAAGAAAGUAAUCACUUGAAAUUAACCUUGAUUGAAAAGGAUAAUAAAAUUAAAAUUGAAGAAGAGAAAGUAAAUGCAUUGACAGUUGAAUUAAAAGCUGCUGAUUACAAAACAACAGAGCUACUUAAUGAUGUGGGUAAUUUAGAAACACGAUUGAAUGAAGUGGGUGAUCAGAAUAAAGAAAUUCUCCAGAGCUUUUCUGAAUUGCAAUACAGCAAAGUUGAUCUAGAGGAGCAGAAUAAAGCAUUAAGUUUUGAAUUGUCUGUUCUCAUGAAUGAUAAGGAUAAAAUAUUGGAGGAAAGUGUGUCUUGCAAGGAAAGUCUAGAUAGCUUUCAAUCAAAACUUAGUGAAUCACAAGCUCAAAAUAUAGAAAUCAAAAUGGAAAUUGAAGAAAUUUCACAGCAAAUUGAGCAACUUAGAAAUAAGUUACACGAGAAAGAAACUGAAUUAACAGAAUCAACACAUGUUCUUUCGAAAACAAUAAAGAAUGUUGAAGAUCUUGCAAGAGAAAAAAAUGAGUUAGAAAAACAGUGCCAGAAACAUGCUGAUGAUAUUCUUGUUCUUCAAGAAAAGGAGGUAAGCAAUUUUGAAGCUAUUAAAAAACUUAAAGAAAGUGUUCAAAAAACUGAAUUAGAAAAAGAAAGUCUCCAGGGUAUGCUCUCUUUGAAAUGUGUUGAAAUUAAUGAACUUCAGGCUCGCUUUGAUGACUUUCAAUCAGAAAAUUCUUGUCUUGUCCAAGAAUAUGAUUUGCUUCAGCAAACAUUUAAUGAUCUCAAAGAAACUGAAGAGGUUGUGAGGAUGAAAUUAUCUGAAAUGACAAUGCAACGAGAUGAACAGCUGAAUGAAGUUCAGAAACUUGAAACUAGUCUGUAUGAAGUUCAAGAAGACUUGCAUCAUAAAACAAAAGACUUUGAAUGUGUUUCUGAUCAACAUGAAACUAUGAAAACAGAAUUGGAAAAUGUUAAACUUGAAAUAAUUGGACUCAAAGAAACAAAAUACAAAAUUGAAUCUGAAUUAGAGGGUGUUUCAUCUGAAAAAGAGAAACUUGAUAUUUUGUAUCAAGACACAAAGGCUGAAUUAGAGAUCAAAGUUUCUGAGAUAGAAAAAUAUGAAACGCACAUUCAAGAUAUUAAGAAUACUGUUUUUGAAAGAGAACAUGUCAUUGAGACUUUAGAAAUGUCUAUUGAAGAAUACACAGUUAAGAUUGGAAAUCUAGAGGAAGCAUUAAGAAAGACUACAGAGGAGAUUCAAAGUAAAAUUGAUUGUCUCAAUACUGAAAAGAGCUCAAAUGCUUCAAAGGAUUUAGAAAUUGAAAAUCUCACUCAAAAGCUGAAAGAAUUGAAUGACAAUCAAUUAAAAUUGAAAGAAGCUCUUUAUUCGUCUGAAAAGCUUUACUUAGAAGUCCAGGAACAGUUGUCUGAAAAAGUAUCGAAUGUUGAAAGAUUGGAAGCUUUGCUGCAAGAAACAACAGCAAAUAUUCAAGAGCUUGAAAAAGACAAGGAGCAACUAUUGUUAGAUUUAAAACAUCAGAAAAACGAGACUGUUGUUCUUGUAAAUAAGAACUCAAAUGAUAAUAAUGUAAUUACUGAAUUAAAAGAAAGACUUGAUGCACAAAAAGACCAAAGCAGAGUCGAAGUGGCAAGAUUAGAAGAACAAGUUCAAGAUCUAAUGUCAAAUAAAAAUUUGCUUUUGGAAGAGAAAAAUAGUUUAUCUCAAAAGAUUGAUGCACUUGAGACAAACAUACAGAUGUUAUAUUCAAAUGAAAGUGAAAAAGAGAAAUCAGUCUUAGCUAUUAAUGAGUUGUGUAAAGCACUGGAAGAAGAAAAAUACGCUUUAGAGGAAAAAAUUUCUGAUUUUGAAAAAACUGUUUCUCAAAUGCACCAGGUUAUUCAGUCAACAGAACAAGAUAGAGAUGACUUCAAGUCUCGCUUAGAAAGUUCUAUUUGUGAUAAAGAAAAUGGCAUUCGUGAAAUGACUGAACACAUUCGGAGAAUGGAGAAAGAUGUUAAUCAAUAUCAAGAAGAAUUGGUUCUCGUUAGAAAAAGAUUGAGUGAUUUAGAGCAGGAUAAAGAUUUAUUGCUAACUGAAAAGCAAGAGAACAUUUGUAAGAUAUCAGACUUGGAAACUGUUCUUGUUCAGUUAAAUAUGAGAUUGGAAUCAGAAAGUGAGUUAUUCAAACAUAAAUCUAAUGAAUUAGAGAAAAUAGUUUCAGAAUUAGAGGCAAGGGUUGAUGAGAUGAAGUCUGAUGUUCAGAAUAAAGACAUGGAAAUAAGUGAAAUUGAGAGCAAAAAUGCGAAAGAGAUGGAAGAGAAAAGUGAACAAUUAUCUAUGCUAGAAAACGAGGUAAGUUCUUUAAGAAAUGAAAAUGUGAUCAGUUUAAAAAGGGUCCAAGAUAUUGAAGCAGAAUUUACUAUUGAAAAACAAAAUCUAAAAAAAGAGAUUAAUGAGUUAACUUCACAGAUUCAAUCAUAUGAUGAAUCAUCAUCUGAAUCCUUGAAGUCAUUUGAAAUUAUUAAACAAGAGAAAGAUCAACUCAAAAAACAAAUGCAUGAUAUUGAACAUGAAUUAUCAGCAUUACAAAAUGAAAAGGAUAAAAUAAGUGCAACUUUGACUGAAAAAGAUCAGAUUAUAGAUGAAUUAAAGGAUCAAUUAACAAAAAUUGAUUCAAAAACAAAAGAAUAUCAUACUUAUUUGGAAUCUGUGAAAAUUGAAAUUGUUGAAAAAGAUAAAGAAAUAAAGAACUUGAUGUCAGAAUUAAAACAAAGAGAAGAUAUGAUUGCGGAACAAAAUACUGAUGCAGACCAAAAGACACAAGACAUGGAAGCAGAAUUGGAAUCCUUGCGGCAAGAGGUAGAAACUUUGGAGUUCCAACUGAGUUCAAAGCAGUUAGAAUUGGAGCAAAAUAAGCAAGCCCCAAGUGAAGUUGAAAGUGAAGAGUUCAGUGUGAUGAAAGAGAAAGUUCUGGAGCAGGAAACAUUAAUUGAGGAGCUGCAGCAGGAAAUGUCAGAACUAAAAGAGAUAGCCAACAGGUGCAGGGAACAAGAGAUACAGAUUGGAGAGUUAAAUAAGAAACUCAGUGAUACAGAUGCGGAAAAUGAGGUGCUCGCUAAUCAGAUUGACAAGAUUCAAAGUAGCCUAAAAGAUGAAAUGACAGCUUCCAUGGUUGUGAAGACCACGAUGGAUACUGAGAAGUCUCGCGCUGAACUUCAACUACAAGAGAAAGAUGAUGUGAUCGCACAGCUGAAGGCAGACCUUGAAGAACUGAAGAAGAAGCUCAUCAAGCUUAUCAGGGACAAAGACUCCCUGUGGCAGAAGACGGACCGUCUCUCAUUCCAGCAGAGACUACAGGCCUCAGAGAAGUGGAUGGAUGACAGCAAGGUGACUAACUGUCUGCAGUGUCAUGCUGAGUUCUCCUUCACACUGAGAAAGCACCACUGUCGGCUGUGUGGUCGCAUAUUCUGCCAUAACUGCAGCAGUCAAUAUGUCUACACUGCGUCUAGCAGCAAGAAGUCUAGAGCAUGCAGUGACUGUUUUGACCACUACCAGUCACUGUUACAAGAUGAGGCAGCCCAGCACAUGGAGGGAGAUGAGGACAUGGAUGCCAGCCAGCAGUUGCCAAGGAGACAGGUGCCUGGGCAGGCAAACCUCGGUCCGGGGAUGAGCCACAGUGUGAACUCCUCAGUGGCAUCGCUAGAAGACAUGGAGGAAGCUGCAGUCCAGCGAGUUGAUGGCCUGUUGUCAGGUGCUAGUAGUUCUGCCAGCAGAAAGCUCGUGUACGACACCACCAGUCAGCCUGGUUUACUGAGGCAGACCUCAGCGAGUCACCUGACAGGGGCAGAGACAGGGGGCAAUGAGACGGAUGAAGACAAACUCAAGGAUUCAGGCACACUUGUGAAGGGAUUGCAGCUCAUAUAUAUCUCAUAUCAAUCCAGUGAAAGAAUUGACGAGCAAGGGGACAGCAGUGAGGACAGGUUCCACCUGGUCAGUGACGAGGAGAUCCAGCGAUCUAUGAGCAUUAAUGGGGACCAGGAACUGGAGGCCCCCCUUGAGCCCAACAUGUCUGCCAGUGUGUGUAUCGACCUGGAGGAUCUGGAACGUGGAGAGGUGAAUCCAGCCAGGGAGGUGUGGAUCAAGCCUGGCAGGAAGUACGCUGUACCAGUCAAGGUCUCACGCCUACGCACGCUCUUCGGAUGGGAGUUCACAUCUUACCCUAAGGAUGUGGUGUUCAGUGUGGUACAUCGGACCAGCCAGGGCGUGGCUCUAGCAGAUGGACAGGAGCUGGUUCCACCCUGCAAGUGUGACUCCCACAAGCAGGCAACCAGGGGCGAGCUGGUACCCAAACAGACGGGAAUCUACACACUGAUAUUUGACAACACUUACUCCAAACUCACGUCAAAGCGGGUGAACUUCACUCUGAUGUCCAGUAAGAACCUACAGCAGGAUUCAUGAAAGUCUGCCCAAGAGUCUGCCCAAUACUGAACUAUCAUCAUAUAGUUGCAGAUUGCUUUUUAAUGGGUAUUGAGACUCUAUCAGUUGUGUAUUAACACCCUGCUUCUAUUGAUGACUCUUUGUAAGUGUGGUUAAUAAAAUUGUUGUCCUUUAAAUUCUCCUAAAUUAGCCUAAAGUAAAUAACUUUGGAUUGUCAGUUAUGAUUCAUGAAACCUUUCCCACUUAGAAGCAAACUGAAACCAGAAAAGCCUGCAAGUAACUCGCAGUCUGUUCAGGUUGUAUGCUGUUUGCUGCUCAUCAGUAUCUUGGGGUUGGAAAUGAAGCCUUGCAAACUUUAAUACAUAAAGAAAGGACUUAAAUUUAAUUUGAUUUUGUAAAGGAUUCAAAUGCGUCAACAUGCGUUUAUAAGGGGUUAAUAGUUAUAGAACAUUUAUUAUCCAUAAAACAACUUUAGUAACAAAUGCUAUCUAAAGCCCUUUUGUAUCACAGAUGUUACAGUAAACUUAUUUUGCAACUGAUUUUUUAUCUGUUAACAUAAUGAAUAAUAUCCUCCUUGAACAAAAGACAUGAAAUAUUGACAGGAGAUUGAUACACUUACUGCAAUUAACUAAUCAUUGAGGUUUGUAUUAGGUAAUUAUACUGUUCCCAGAAAAUCAAUUUGGCUCCUUUGUGUUUAUAAAUCUGAUGAAUACUGCGUUUCCAUUUAUUAUAUUUGUAGGAUUUUCUUUUUUAUCAAACAUUUGAAAGGUAAAUUUUAGCAUAACUGGGUAGUGAAAUAAAAAGAGAAGUACAGUGUGUUGAGCUUGUGUGUUAACUAGCAUUUCCAUUGUUGUUCUUUUAACUGCACCAUCUCAUUUAGUUACGAGUUAUUUAAAAAAAAUAGUCAUGUAUCUUUAUUAAAUAGCCACAGUAUAAAUACUUUUGCUCAAUUUUUUAAGUACUUCAAAUACCUGUAAAUAUAAGUUAUAUCAGAUCGAUUGUGUUACAUAAACAAUGGAUACUUAUGAAUGUGUUAUGGAAAUCUGAUCAAAUUAAAUAUUAAUGUUAUUUACAUUUUUUAAUGUUUAUUUUAUUUGUUUUUUUAUUAGCUGGGCGGUUUUCAGAGAAAACCCAAGGUAUUGUCAUAGCCAGCUUGUCCGCCAUCCGUGUGGUGCUAAAACCUAAACAUUGGCUCUAAAAUCAAAGUGCUUCCAUGUACAACUUUGAAACUUCAUAUGUAGCUGCACCUGAAUGAGUUCUACAUGUCACACCCAUUUUUGUGUCACUAGGUCAAAGGUCAAGGUCACUGUGACUUCUAAUAUAAAACUUUAAAAUAGGCUUUAAAAUCAAAGUGCUUCCACCUACAACUUUGAAACUUCAUAUGUAGAUGCACCUUGAUGAGUUCUACAUGCCACGCCCAUUUUUGGGUCACUAGUUCAAAGGUCAAGGUCACUGUGACCUCUUAUAUAAAACUUUAACAUAGGCUCUAAAAUCAAAGUGCUUCCACCUACAACUUUGAAACUUCCUAUAUAGAUGAACCUUGAUGAUUUCUACAUGACACACCCAUUUUUGGGUCACUAGGUCAAAGAUCAAGGUCACUGUGACCUCUAAUAAAAAUAAAACUUUAACAUAGGCUCUAAAAUCAAAGUGCUUACACGUACAACUUUGAAACUUCCUAUGUAGAUGCACCUUUAUGAUUUCUACAUGCCACACCCAUUCUUUGGUCAAAGGUCAAGGUCACGCCACUUACUUUUCUUCCUUUUCUUCUGACAAGCUUUCAUUUAUUCAAAACUGCACCCACAGCCGAGUGUUGGCACUCGCUAUGUGGUGCUCUUGUUAACAUUAUAUUUAGUUCUGUGAUUAAUGUAUUGCAUGUGAACAAGCUAUAGUUUUAGUAUUUUACACCAUGGUAGUUGUUUAUUUUACUGAAUAAACAUGAAUUUGUGUAUGUGAAACACAAUGGCUAGUGUAAAAAGUAAAUGAGCAGCGCACUGGAAAAAACUGACAUAACUUAUGUGCAUGUAGUCUCGUCCCAGACUAGCCUUGCAAUCAGCACAGUCUAUUCAUAGGCAUCACCUAUAUAUACAUGUAUAUACUUUGUCUGUAACAAUGAUUGUGUUCAUUGUAUGUGAUUGUAAAUUCACAUAAUUGUAUGUUUAUUAUUAUUAGGCAAUUACUCAAUGUAAAUUAAGUGAUGUGUUCACACUGGAUUUGCCUGAAUACUCUAAUGACACUUUUACAAAGUGGUCCUUUUUGCAUUUGAUUUUAUUGCAUGCUAUAUUGCCAAAGAAUCAUUUGACAGCAGAAUUCAUAUAUGCCUCGCCACACUCUGCAAAAACGGGGCUAAAAGCAUUUGUUUAAAGUAUCGUCCCAGAUGAACCUGUGAAGUGCAUAGAUUCUGUCUGCUUUUAUGGAAUUUAAUAUUUAAAAGAUGUCUUUUUUUUUAAAGUCGUGUCUAGGCGGAAGGUGUUGUUCCUGAUUUGCCACUUAACUCUGCACAGGCUUAUCUGGGACAACACUUAAAGCACAUUCAAAAUAAUGUUUUCAUUUAAAUUAUUUGUAUUAGCCAAUGGUGGUUAAUAAUUGUAUAUUUUGGAUAUGAUAUUUAAGUUAUUGUAAUUUUCAGCCUUUUUUAACUGAAAAGAUAAGAUUAUGCAAUAAAGUGUACAUUUUACUUGUAGUAAUUAUUUUCACAAAUUAUUCCCAUUUAUAUUAGAGAUAAAUCAUGUCAAUAUAUUAAUUUGCACAUUAUAUGUAUUUUAAUUGUUUUGGUUUAUAUUAUUUGUGUGAAGUGUUGUGCAAUAUUGAAUUAGCUUUUAAAAUAAUCCUAUUAAUAGUAUUGUCAAAAGUUUUAUAUGAUUUACUCUUUAUGUGUUGUCAUUUAUUUUAAAGUCAUGAAAUCAUUAUUUAUACUCAACAGCUUUUAAUAAAUUAUGUUUCAGUUUAAAUAGAUUGUUCUGACAAAUGUGUUUACAGUUGCUUAAGAUUGUGCAAGUAUUGCCUUAAAAUGUUUUACACAUGUAUGGCUGUUCUUUUUAGAUUCAUUUGUGGUGACACAACCAGCUUAAACCACUAUUAUUUAAACCAUCACUAUAUAAUGUAUGUUCUGUUCACGAAAAUUCACAAAAUUUUUGUAGUAUUGCCUAUAUCUGUGCACUUAAUGUAAAGGCUUUCGUAUACAAUACCAGGUUGUAAAUUAUCACCUCUUUGAGUAAAAAAUAACCUACAUCCAGAACAACAUAGCAUAUCCAUUAUAAACUAGCUGAGCUGGGGUGGUAUUCCAGAAACAUCUUAAGUCAUUUCUUAAAUAAUUUCACUUAAGUUCAAAAUUAUCAUGUUUUGUAUUUCUUUACUAGAUAAGGAAUCACAUGUUUCUUUUGGUAUUCCUAAAAUAACAUUGACAUAAUGAUGUCAUUUUGAUGUUAUUCUUGAUGCCAAUCUAUUGCGAUAGGAAAUGAAACACUUAAGAAAAUUUCACAACUUAAGGAUAAGAAUAAAAUUUAACUUAAGAUGCUUCUGGAAUACGACCCCUGGUCUCUGGGAAAGCUGAACUUAAUGCAUGUGCAUGUACAUUCUAGUAGGGUUCUAGAUAAGCUUAUGCAAGUUGCAAAGGCUCAUUAAGGAUGACACUUUAGGCUUUUAAAAAUGUAAUGUUUAAAGGAUUUUUUGUCUAAAUGAAAAUCCAGUAUAGGUGGAAAAGGUUGUCCCUGAUUAGCCUGUGAAUCUGGUGCUGAGUUUAAUUAAGGAAUGGAAACCAUGGAAAUGUUCUACUCAAAUAACUUGAAAACAUUGUUACUUAUGUUUCUGUGUUUUCAGAUUCAGUUGUUGAUUGUGGGUGAUUAUGCUUGUGUAAUUUGUUGUAUGUGACUAUUCAAUUAGUAAUUAUGUGACCCUGUUUUAUAAAUCAGCACCUUAUUGUAUGUGGAUAUGAAGUGUUUUGUACUAGUGUUCCUAGUUAUCAAGUUCACCUUGUUGCCAGUUGUUCAUGUUCAUAGAUUUUAUUUUUGUUGUGAAUGUUCAAUAUUUAUAUAUUAUAAACUUAAUAAACAUA